AAACCGCACGUACCGCAGUUAAACUCUACCGCACUCCAAAACCGCUUUCCCCGUACAACCAAAACCGCGGUCACCUUUCGGACCCUAAGUUGUAUUGUUCAUUAUUAAUAGAUGUCACAGUGACUCUAGUAAAUAAAUAGGUGUGAAAUUGUAGGACGGAAAGAAAUCUUCUCUAUCAAGGAAAAAUGUGACGAAUAAAAUAUGUCCUGUACAUUCACUUAAUAAAUUUUAAUUAUUAUAAAGUUAUUUCACAUAUCUAAUUUUAUUUUAGAUAAAAUAAGUGUUGGAAAACCAAUAAUAAAUCCUUCUUGGUGUGGAUUUUUUUUUAAUUCUUCUUUGGUGUAAUGCAUAUUGUCAAAAACGUGCUUAAUUUGAAUUUCUUCACUUUAGAUUUCUUCCAGAAUCAUACAUCAUUCUUAUGUAUGCUCAAAAAGCAAAAUAAAAAUAUAACCAAAAAAAAAAAAACCUAUUAUUGGCUAGUCCAUGUUAAAUCUCACACACCAAAACACAUGCUAGUUUUAUUACCUCUUCUUAAAAAGAGAGUUCUAUUAAUAUCGCCAAAUUAAAAAACCUUUACGGUUACUACAUUCCAUCCAACGAUGUCUUCUUCUUCCGUAAGAACCUCUCUCUCUCUCCUUUUCUUGGCUCUUCUAAUCUCACCGGCAGUCUCACAAACCUGUAAGUCACAGACGUUUUCCGGCGAUAAAACCUACCCUCACUGCCUUGACCUCCCUCAACUCAAAGCCUUCCUCCACUAUUCCUACGAUGCAGCCAACACAACUCUCGCCGUCGUCUUCUCCGCUCCUCCCGCAAAGCCUGGCGGAUGGAUCGCUUGGGCCAUAAAUCCAAAGGGUACAGGUAUGGUCGGAGCUCAAACCCUUGUCGCUUACAAGGAUCCAGGUAACGGUGUUGCCGUGGUGAAGACGCUAAACAUUAGCUCCUAUAGCUCGCUUGUUCCUUCGAAGCUUGCGUUUGAUGUUUGGGAUAUGAAAGCCGAGGAGGCCGCGAGGGAUGGAGGAACGUUGAGGAUCUUUGCUAGGGUUAAGGUUCCGGCUGAUUUGGUGGCAAAGGGAAAAGUGAAUCAGGUUUGGCAAGUUGGUCCUGAAUUAGGUCCUGGUGGAAUGAUUGGGAAGCACGCUUUCGACCCGCCGAAUCUUGCUUCUAUGAGCUCUCUUGAUUUAAAAGGUGACAACAGCGGCAGCACAACCAUCUCUGGGGGCGGUGAGGUAAAUGCCAAGAUCAAGAAGAGAAAUAUUCAUGGGAUACUAAACGCGGUGAGCUGGGGGAUUUUGUUUCCUAUAGGAGCAAUAAUAGCUAGGUAUAUGAGAAUAUUUGAAUCCGCAGAUCCGGCUUGGUUUUACCUUCACGUGUCUUGUCAGUUCUCGGCUUAUGUCAUCGGUGUUGCCGGUUGGGGUACCGGACUCAAGCUCGGCAGCGAGUCUGAAGGUAUUCGCUUCACCGGCCAUCGUAACAUUGGCAUUGCCCUCUUCGCCCUUGCCACUAUUCAGAUGUUUGCGAUGUUGUUGCGGCCAAAGAAAGAUCACAAGUACAGAUUUUAUUGGAAUAUCUACCACCAUGGAGUUGGCUACGCGAUCCUCAUCCUUGGGCUCAUUAAUGUCUUUAAAGGUAUCAACAUCUUGAACCCACAAGACACGUACAAGACGGCUUACAUUGCUGUGAUAGCCAUUCUUGGAGGCAUUGCUUUGCUCUUGGAAGCCGUCACUUGGGUCAUUGUACUCAAGAGAAAAUCAAACAACUCAAUGAAGCCUUAGGACCUGAGCCAAUAAAGAUCUGGUCAACUUAUAAAAGGUUCAUUUGUGGUUGUUGUUACUAAAAUUUAAUAUGAAAUCUUGUAUUAUCAAUGUAUAGAUGUAUUAUUGUUCUCUUGUGUUUGUAGCU